AUGAUCGCUAGAUGGUUACUGUUUUCGUUGAUAUCUUCGCUGCUAUGUAUAUUAGGUGCGCUAUUUGUGCCCAUUAUCAGCAGGUACUCCUCCAAGUCGCAUGAGAAUAAUAACACCAAGCUGGUUAACUAUGGUUUGUCAUUGAGUGCUGGUUCUAUGAUGACCACUGCGUUGUAUAAGAUGUUACCUGCGAUGGAUCCUGAUAAUAGAUUUACAGUAUUCUUUGGCUUUACCUUUGGUAUAUUAAUCAGUUUCUUUUUGAAUUAUGUGGUGCAUGCUUUCACUUCUGAAUCACUUAUACAUUGUGCUCAUGGUGAUGAUCAUAGCCAUUCUCAUGGUGACCAUGACCGUGCCCAUGACCAUGAUCAUGACCAUAACGAUAGUCAUGAAUAUGGCCAUGGUCAUGAACACUCUCACGAACAUGGAAACAAUAACAACCAUGUACAUCUAGAUGACAAUGAAGCUGACGAUGAUCUAUAUGAUCCGCUCUCAAGGCAUAGAAGUGUCGAGACUGAACACUCUGCAUUACUACCACAUGGUAAAGAAGGGGUAAGAAGAAGGCUUUCGUUGCUAGACUUGUUCUCUAAAAAACAUAGAGAUAUCGGCCCAUGUUGUGAUAGUAUUGUCAAAUCUUGCGGGGUACUCAGUGUGCCAGCUGAUAAAUUAACCUGUGUUCCACUUAACCAGCGCGGAAAAUGCUUGAAUGAGCAGUGCCACAACUACAUGCAGGAAGUCGACCAACGCCCAAAUCACGUCUCCUCGCAGACAGAUAGUUCCUAUUCCCCUAACCAUAGCAACUCUAGUUCAUAUGAAUCUCAAGAUGAUGCAGAGCAUAAACACGAGCACACCUCUGGUGUUGUGUGCCUGGAGAAUAACAUUGGAUAUGAUCUGGAGAAUUUGGACACCUAUAGAAAUAACUACAUGCUGGGAAGACGUAAUACUAUAGAAUACCAACCAUCAGCAAAGGUUAGUACAAAUGCCGGAUCUACAAGUGUUAGGAGCCAAGCUAUUUCUAGGCCAUCAUUGAAGGGGAUAAAUUCCGCUCCUCAUUAUAGUGAAAACGCUCAGGCUACUAAGGCAUCGAAUCAUGAUGGGCAUGGACAUGAUGAUGGACAUGAGCACUUCCACCAUCACGAUGAAGAAGCUUUAUACUCGCAUCAUCAUCAUCUAGAGACGCCCUUCUCUAAAUUACUUUCUAUCGGUUUGCAAACAUGUCUGGUUUUGACGUUACAUAAAUUCCCAGAAGGUUUAAUAAUUUUCUACACAAAUCAAUCGGAUGAGACAAAAUCUCUAGGACUUUCAAUUUUCAUCAGUUUAUUGAUCCACAACUUUGUUGAAGGGUUUGCCAUGACCUUACCAUUUUAUACUGCAUUUGAGAGCAAAUGGAAAGCCAUUUUGAUUACCACAAUACUAGGUGGUGGAUCUCAACCUUUCGGUGCAGUUUUAGGGUACUUCAUUUUCAAGAGUAGUGGUGGUGAUCACAAGCAUUCGGAUGGUGCACCCCCAAUUAUGGGAUUACUUUUGAGUAUAACUGCUGGGUUUUUAGUUGUGAUAAGUGUCCAGAUGUUCCAAACUGGUGUUAGUUUCAGUGAUAGUCAUCAUCACCACUCUGAUGACAAUGAGGAAGAAAUUGCGCAAAACCAUACUAUGGGAACCACUUGUCUAAAGUGGUGUUGUGCUGGUAUCUGUUUGAUUUUAUUAAGCGGUAUUUUUGUGUAA